CGGCUUCCUAUGUUCUCCCUAUAUAAGCGAGUACGUGUGGCUCGUUCGGCACCAGACAUCAGUGAAGCUGUCAACCUGGCUAACAUGGCCAAGAAGCUGGGCCAAGUCUUGGUGUCAGCGUCCUGCGGUAUGCUGCUGCUCCUGUGCGCACUGGUGCCCCGAGGGGAAGCAUCUCGCGCCUGUAACGCCUGCGGACCAGAGUGCGUUACCGCGUGCGGGACAGCCAUGUUCCGGGCAUGCUGCUUCAAUUACAACCGCAAACGGAGCGGCCCCGCCACAAGCAGCUCCGGAUCAGAAAUCCGGGACAUUGCGCCCUCCGGUGGAGGGUCGGCAAACCUAGAUACCACAGACAGCGCCACCUUUGAGAGUCGUAGCGAAGCGGGAGACGGCAUUGCCGGCAACGGAAUUAGACAAGAUGCUUGGGCGCUAUUUUGGAUGCUGCCCGCGCGGCAGCGGCAACCAGGGCUAUUCUAAAACAGGCAGAACAUCUAAACACUGAAUAAACGGAAGGGUCAAUGGAUA